AUGGCGGACUCUAGCGAAAUUGAUCCUCCCGACUCCUUCAUCAGCAAGGAAGACGGCCUCAGCUACUGGCAAGGCAUCAACGCCGACAUUGACGGCAUGCUCGGCGGCAUCCCCUCCAUCAAGGGCUUCUCGGGCAUCCUGCGGAGCGACCUCCAGGGCUCGCGGACGUUUCUCGCCAAGCUGGGCAUCGGGGCGAAGCAGGGCCGGCAAAAGCUGUCGAGUGCCCUCGAGGGCGGCGCAGGGAUCGGUAGGGUUACUGAAGGAUUGCUUCUCCCGCUGGCGGACGAGGUCGACGUCAUCGAGCCCGUGGCCAAGUUCACAAAGGAGCUGCAGGGCAAAGAGGGCGUGCGCAACGUGUACAACGUCGGCCUGCAGGACUGGCGGCCCGUGGACGGGGUCACGUACGAUCUCGUCUGGACGCAGUGGUGCGUGGGCCACCUGACGGAUGCGCAGCUCGUCGAGUACCUCGAGAGGUGUCAGACGGUCCUGAGGCCCGGUGGGCUGAUUGUGCUCAAGGAGAAUCUGAGCACGACGGGGGCUGAUGUGUUUGAUGAGCUUGAUAGCAGUGUGACGAGGGAGGACACAAAGUUUAGAAAGAUAUUUGAGGAGGCUGGGCUGCAUCUUGUAAAGACGGAGUUGCAGAGGGGGUUCCCCGAGACGGCGCAGAUGAAGCUUCUCCCGGUGAGGAUGUAUGCUCUGAAGCCGAAAGCCGAGGGCUCAUGA